AUGAAACAAUCACAUAGCAGCACAUUGACGCGGAACAGACCUAGAUCUAGAGUCUUUGUGCACUCCUUGCUUGAACAUAUCGAGCUUCUAGAGAGUCGGUUGAAGGAGGUGGACGACGAAUUCCCGCAACAACCACAGCAUCCAGAAAUCCAAGUACAAACGCAGCAGGUGCAAUUGGAGGAAGAUGUCAGCCAACAGCCGUCGGGAUCCUGGACUCAUCACAACUCCGGCGAUGGAUUUGAUUUGUCACGUCUUGAAUCUGAGGGAGCUGGCCUCCAGCGAGAUCAAGGGCUCUCUGCUUUAAGUGAUAAUGAGCACUAUGAUCGGACUCCAACUUCCCAUGCUACAUCCGGAGACGGUGGGGGUGUUAUAGGGUCAGACUUCAAUGAUCGGGGCCAAUUCCGAGAGAGUCACGAAGGUAGCACUCACUCAUUUCUGGUUGAGUCAACUCGACUGAAGUACGAUGGCACUACUGGGCAGCCACGAUACUUUACGCCCCUGGCCAGAUACCAACUCUUUGCUGAACAACUUACUGAAUCUCAAGGGAACUCCUCGGGAUCAUGGCAUCUGCAGAAGAGACUGCACCACAUGAUCAAGGAUCUCAAUACGGAGACAUACAAUCACUUAAUGGCCUGUUUCUGGACGCAUUACAAUAACCCUUUGCAGAUGAUUGACCGGGAAGCAUUUGAACAACACAGAGACCAGGAUAAGCUUUACUACUCAGGUUUUCUCCACAUAAGCUGCCUGGCGAUGGGUUUCAGAUACGCUGAUAAGUCCAGGUCAGACAUCAAAGCACUGUACCGGGGAAACAGAGACAGCACUUUCCAUGAGAGUGCGCGAUACACGGUGGAGACAGAGUUGGAAAGCCCCCAAGGCUUGACCACAAUACAAGGACUUCUCAUUUUGAGCGACUUAGAGUGCGCUGUUGGCAGAGAUCGAUCGGGGUGGAUGUAUGCUGGUGUCGCUUGCCGACUCGCGUUUGAGAUGGGUCUCAUGAUAGAUCACUCCAGGACCACCUUACCUCCGAGAGAUAUGCAAUCACGGCAGCGUCUCUUGCGCGUCUGCGUUUUCUACGACAGACUCUGGGCUAUAUUCUCUGGGCACCCAACCGUCAUUCGAAAAUCCGACUUGCUAUUUACCGCAUUUAGCCUCAUAUAUUCCAAGGUGUUGACUUCCGCCUCUGAAACUUCAACACUGCUGGCUGAAAGUCUAGAAGAAACACAAGCGUGGGAUGUCUUACUGGAGUUAAUGGAAUUGGCUAUCAAGGUAUCCGGACACAUCACCAAUUCAGCCUCGACAUCGAAAGUUGACGACAUUCCUGGGAAUUUUAUGACUGCCGCGGCACUACAUGACGAGCUUGAGUCGUGGCGGAGGAGGCUUCCAGCUCAACUUAGGUGGAGUGCCGAGAAUGUGCAGAGCUCUCGAGCCAUAUUCUUCUUCAUCCAGUGA